AUGUCUGAUACUGAAGAUGAUAGCAAUGAUAAAAUUGAAUUUCCAACAUCAUCAUCACCAGCAGUGCAUGCUACACUUGAACCAACUGUGAAUAUUGUUCCGCCAACAGUAAGUGAUGUCACUCCACGUGCUCCUCUUGCACAAUUUGAACAAGCAGAGCAGCAAGUGAUAAAACCACGCGGAUGUAUUUGGGAUACUUAUAUCGAAAUGAGCGAUGUCGCUGAACGUAAGCGCAGAAUGAGUCGUCGUCUGGAUAGCAUUGAUCGCACUCAACAUUUGGCUUCUUUAGCUCCUGGCGCACGUGUGAUGUUUUUGUUGAAAGAGCAGAGUGAUUUACCUCCGUUGUUUACGGAAAUGGGAGAACUAACGCGUUCUGGAACAGUCGAAGAAUGGCGUGAAACUGCUAGAUGGGUAAAAUUUGAAGAAGAUGUAGAGGAAGGUGGUAAUCGUUGGUCAAAACCACACGUAGCCACGUUGUCUCUUCACGCACUCUUCCAGCUAAGAUCAUGUCUGAUGAAUGGCGCUAUUAUUAUGGAUUCAAAAGCAAAGGAAUUUUCAGAACUUAUCGAGGAAAUUUUGGAACAGUUGGUGAGGUCGAAGCAGUUGGAAGAAACACUCGUUGAUGAAGUACGGAAUGUACUUUCUAAAAGGCAUACCCACCAAUAUGAGCAGGCACGUGGAGCUGGAAAUGGUAACGGUAUUUCACAAGGCGGUUUCUUAAGUGCGGUACGAUCAAUCUCUGAUAUUGGUAAGACAUUUUCCCAUGGAAGAAAUCUUGGAAAGUUACCGGAAGAAACAGUUAACGAAGGCAAUGAAACUACAUCCAAAAGUCAACAUUUAAAAUUACCUGAAGUUGGACCAAUACCAAAAGACGUGUCAUGUGAAGGAUCUCACGUUGACUUAAGAGGGAAUUUACAUUUCUUAAAGAAACUUCCAUCGAAGGCCGAAGCAUCCAAUGUUCUUGUUGGCGAGGUGGACUUUUUGUCUCGAUAUAUCUCUGCUUUUGUUCGUCUGGAAAAUGCUACGAGUUUCGGUGAUCUCACUGAGGUUCCUGUUCCCACAAGAUUUUUUUUUGUUUUAUUGGGUCCCACGGGUAACGUUGCUCAGUAUCGAGAAAUUGGACGAGCUAUCGCAACGCUCAUGUCUGAUGAGAUAUUUCAUGAUGUAGCUUACAAAGCUCGCAGUAGAGAUGAUCUGCUAGAUGGCGUUGAUGAAUUCCUAGAUCAGGUAACCGUAUUGCCACCGGGUGAAUGGGAUCCAAAUAUCAGAAUUGAGCCACCUACUAAAUUACCAUCACAAGAUAAACGAAAGCAAGGCGACGAAUUAUUACUGACGAAAAUUCCCGCUCCUAAAAAGGAGAUGGAAGAAGAAGAUUCACAUGCAAGUGAUCCAGCUUUGAAGCGAACAGGUCGUCUGUUUGGUGGCUUGAUUAUGGAUAUCAAACGGAAAAUCCCGUGGUAUUUGUCUGAUUUCACUGAUUCUUUGAAUUUACAGUGUGUUGCCACCUUUUGUUUCAUGUAUUUUGCUUUGCUUGCACCCAUCGUUACAUUUGGUGGUCUUCUUGAAGAAGCAACUCAUCAGCGAAUGGCAGCGAUGGAAAAUUUAUUCGGUGGUGCUAUAUGCGGUGUUAUUUAUCAUUUGUUCAGUGGUCAACCUUUGACGAUUAUCGGUUCCACGGGACCUGUAUUAGUAUUCGAAACAAUAGUUUUUGACUUAUGUACUAGUUUUAAUCUUGAUUACCUCUCGUUUCGUUUCUGGAUUCAUGUUUGGACUGCCUUUAUCCUAUUGCUGAUGGUUAUUACGGAUGCUAGCGCUCUGGUCUCAUAUAUAACGCGUUUUACAGAAGAGUCAUUUGCAACUUUGAUUGCAGUAAUUUUCAUAUAUGAAGCGGUGAUGAAGCUUGUCAAGAUCAGAACACUACUAGACAUAGUGCAAUAUAAUCGAACGGACCCACUUGCAACCUGUAGUUGUAUUUAUACAGGUGAUCAUUUAACAAAAGCCUUGAAUGUAAUCGAGAAAAACAAUUGGAAAGAUAUUGCACACAAUAAAACAUUUAUUGAUUAUUCACGGGUUGGUCUUGACCGGUGCCGAAGUUUGUAUGGUACGUUGGAAGGUGAUGGAUGUUUUGUGUUGUAUGAUAAGUUGCUGAUGUCACUUGUUUUGAUGUUGGGUACUCUAACACUGGCUCUUGCUUUAAAGAAAUUAAGAAACAGUCGUUAUUUUUCAUCACGUGUUCGGCAAGUUUUAAGCGAUUUUGCAGUAAUGAUUGCUAUUGUAACGAUGACCUUCAUCGACAUAUGUGUUGGUAUCAAUACACCAAAACUUAAUGUUCCAUCCACUUUUCGACCAACAUGGGAAGGACGUGGGUGGUUCGUGCCACCCUUUAAUGGUAAUCCGUUUUGGACGGCAUUUGCUGCAAGUGCGCCAGCUGUACUUGCGUGUAUUCUAAUCUUCAUGGAUCAGCAAAUUACUACUGUUAUUGUCAAUCGGAAAGAAAAUAAGUUAAAAAAGGGCUAUGGAUAUCACCUAGACCUAGGUGUUCUGGCUUGUCUUAUACUUGUGGUUGGUGUACUAGGAUUACCAAUUUACGUUGCUGCAACUGUUCUUUCAAUCAAUCAUGUAAAUUCAUUAAAACUGGAAUCUGAAUCUCGAGCUCCGGGUGAAGUUGCUCAGUUUAUAGGAGUUCGAGAACAGCGUGUGACUGGAAUCGUAACAUUUAUAUUCAUUGGGUGCUCGGUGUUGAUGACAGGUAUUUUGAGUUAUAUACCUAUGCCUGUUCUGUAUGGAGUCUUUUUGUACAUGGGAAUCGCAGCAUUAGGCGGCAUACAAUUAUUUGAUCGAAUUCUACUUUUAUUCAUGCCGAUGAAGCAUCAGCCCGAUGCGAUUUAUAUCCGACACGUGCCAAUAUCCGUUAUUCACAAGUUUACAUUUUGUCAAGUUGCUUGCUUAGCGGUUUUGUGGGUAGUAAAAUCAAUCAAACAAACUUCUAUUGCGUUUCCUAUAAUGCUUGUGGUGAUGGUCGCUGUGCGAAAGAUUAUGGAAAAUUUUUUCUCGGAGAAAGACUUGCGUUAUUUAGAUGAUAAAAUGCCAGAUUUUCAUUUGAGGAAAAAGGAAGAUAUGAAAAGAAAAGGAAACAUUGCGAAGGAAUUCGAUAUUGACUUAGAAGAGAAUCAAGGAACAAUACAUGCUGUGAAGACUGAAGCACACUUGCAUAUUCCGACGACAGGUGGCGAGAUAAUAAAGAUUCCCUUAGCGGCGAUUCAAGAAUCUUCUCACAAUAUUCAUAAUUUGAAUAUCUCAAAUGAAGUGAAUAAAACUGGAAUGUGGAAACAUAUCAGUUCAGAACGACAGCACUUGUCUCUACAGAAUAAAAUAGCGGGAAAAGUGAAAGCUGCCGAGGAAGACGACGAAGAUGAAGACGCGAUAAUGAUACGGGUCAUCAAGCCAACUGCACCAUCUAAUUUGAAUACACAGUCAAAUAGCGAGCAAACACCGUUAUUACGCGAUAAACAGAAGUCAGAAACAAAAGUGUAA